AUGCGUAUGCUGCCAAGCCCCCCUUUUUCCGUGCCCACCUCCCCUUUCCUCGCUAAUCUCUACUCAGAUCGCGUGAGGGCAUGGGCACAUUCAUCUGCGCACAAGCACAACUUCAACCCAUGGUCGCCCGUUCGUGAUAGUCAUGGAUCUUCGGCGAGUGAAGACCAACCGCAAAACGCAGAUGCAGCAGAGCAGAAGAAGCCCAAAGGCUCCGUUUUCAUUCGUGUCUUGGCCAAUAUCAAGGUCGCCCUCUUCCACAGUUGGGUCAAUGUCCUCCUAGUUUUUGUUCCUGUAGGCAUCGCCAUCCACUUUGCCGGAGUCAACCAGAAUGUGGUCUUUGCCAUCAACGCAGUUGCCAUUAUCCCUUUGGCUGGCCUUCUCACGUUCGCCACCGAAAGUGUUGCGCAUCGGCUUGGGCCUACUUUAGGUGCUCUCCUGAAUGUGAGCUUUGGAAAUGCUGUCGAGUUGAUCAUAUUUAUCGCCCUCGUCAAAGAUGAGAUUCGCAUUGUCCAGGCGUCCCUUAUCGGCUCCCUUCUCGCCAACCUCCUUCUGAUAUUGGGUAUGGCCUUUUUGAUUGGAGGCCUAGAGUUCCAGGAGCAGAUUUACGACAGUACUGUAACUCAGACUUCGGCUUGCUUGCUGGCGCUGGCAGUCCUCAGCUUGCUGAUUCCGACCGCCUUCCACGCGUCUUUCAGUGACCUCCAAAAAGCUGACCGCGCAGUCAUCAAACUCAGCCGAGGGACUUCCGUAAUACUUCUCAUCAUCUAUGUUCUUUAUCUGCUCUUCCAACUAAAGUCCCACGCAUAUCUUUACCAAGGAACACCGCAACAUAUAAUCGACGAGGAAGCUACGCCAGGUAUCCUUCAGCGUCUCGACUCCACAAGUUCUUCGUCCGUCAGGUCUUCAAGAUCGUCUGCUACAAGUGCCGGCUCCCAUCGGCGUGUGAGCAAGAGACUGAAAGCAAAGCUAGGCAGGAGGAGGGAGGUGAAGACCGAGGUUGAAUCUGAAGCGGACCCUGAACAAGCUGUCGUGCAGCUGCGUCAGAACGUGAGUGACGACCAGGCAGAAAAGACAGCGGAGGCACAGGAGAUCAAGUCGCGAGAUGCAUCAAUGGAAGAAGGCAUGCCACCCAACCCUCCAGCAACUUCAGCGAAGGACAAGAAACCAAACACAGGGCCUCGCGGUCUCUCUUUCCGCCCACCACCAGUUUUCCGAUCGUCGACGCAUCCUUCUUCCAGAGGCAGAGAAGCGAAAUAUCCUUCUCAUCCACUUAGACAUUAUCAGUCAGCGCCUGAUCACCAAAGCCGAAGUCCGGGAGCUGCACGGAUCGCUCGUCGCUCUUCACCGAAAAAUUCACCCGCAGAGGAAGACGCUCCGCCCAUGAGUCAAACAGCGUCGAUCAUUCUCCUACUAGCCUCUACCGGUCUUGUUGCACUGUGUGCAGAGUUCCUUGUUGGAAGUAUCGAGCAUUUGGUGGAAGAUUCCCCGUUGUCGGAAGCGUUUAUUGGUCUAAUCAUCCUGCCCGUCGUUGGCAAUGCUGCCGAGCAUGUCACGGCGGUUACGGUCGCCGCCAAGAACAAGCUCGACCUUGCCUUGGGCGUAUCGCUCGGAUCUUCCAUUCAAAUUGCGCUCUUCGUCACUCCAUUCGUCGUCAUUCUGGGGUGGAUCAUGGAUAAGGACAUGUCUCUCUACUUCAGCUUGUUUGAGACCGGGUCUUUGUUUGUUUCCACCUUCAUCGUUAACUUCCUGGUCCUAGAUGGGCGAAGCAACUAUUUGGAGGGUGCACUGUUGUGUGCAUGUUAUGUGAUUGUUGCUGUUGGAGCAUAUUUCUUUCCCGAUGGACAGGACCAAAGUUCCCUCACAAGCGGGCCGUCGAAUUGA